GGUUGGUAAUAUAGAAAUCUAUUGUGUAACCCCGGUCGGUAGAAUCGAAAUUUAUUAUUAAAAACUGAGUUAAUGUGUUAGUGAGAAUUAAAGAGAAAAAAAGAAAAAGAAAAAAAAAGUUGUAAAUACUUUCUAAUUGGAUUGGUUCGCAAAUUUGUUAUCUCUUUAUUAUUUUUAACGAGCCAAUCAUUUUUCAUCAUUGUAAAUUAAUAGACCAAUAGAAUGUGACCUUUGCGUUGGAUUAAUAACACCUGGAUUUAUUCAAAAUUCAAAAUAUUUUAUAUUUAUCUCAGAAUAUAUUGAUUCUCGUUAUCAAUGUGACAAUUCGAUCGAUCCUUUAUAGAUUAUUUUUUUCCUUUUGUUAGUUAAUACUUAAAAUUAAUACCUCGGGAAUAUUCUAACGAAGUGUACACGUACAAACUGCGAAUAAAACAGCUGAUUUACUAUGUAUUGGUUAAUAGUAUUCUUCCUGUAUUUGUGAGUGUAUAUGGAAAAAAAAAUUAUUACGUAUUUAAUCAAUUAUUGGUAUGAAGAAAUCGAUAAUAUGAUAACUUUACAAUAUUUUACGGUUUCACGGUUAUAAUGUAUAAAUGAAGAUGUGCUGAAACCAAAUAUUUUUUUUUUUUUUCUUUUUAAAUAAUUACGAAUAAACAGUUUCAUGAAUCACAGAUAAGGAUAUAUCUGAAAUAUUAUUGACCUUUAUUUUAAACAUACGUAAAGUGUUUUUAUUCGAUAAUCGUGUAAUAUUGAUAAAAUAAAAGUUUCAAGUUAUUGUCAAUUGAAAUAUAUCAGAUGUUAAAACACUUUCGUUUUUAUUUCUUUUCAUUAUGAUACUACACUCAAAGCUUUUUUAUAAUGCAAGACGAAGAUCUGAAAUAAUAUUAUCUAGAUUAUUUUUAACUGAUCAAGUUAAUGCUUAUAAGCAUACUUUUCAACAAAAAGACAAAAUAUAUGCGAAUGAAAAAGAAUCUAAAAAUUACUUUAAUAUAAAAUAUGUAAUCGGUUUUGUGAUAACUGGUUCACUUUUAGGUAUAUAUUUUUAUAAUUUAUCCCAAAAACAAAUACAGACAUUUAAACAAACUAACGGUAUUGAAUGUGGAAAUUUAAGAAAAGAUCUUAAAACUUAUACGUUAGAAGAAGUGGGAAAACAUUAUAAUAAAGAAAAUCAUAUUUGGGUAACUUAUAAAGAAGGCGUAUAUGAUAUUACGGAUUUUGUCGAGCAACAUCCUGGUGGUUCUUCUAAAAUCAUGAUGGCAGCUGGAAGCUCGAUAGAACCAUUUUGGUUGAUUUUUGCUAAUCAUAACACACCAGAAAUAUACGCUCUUUUAGAAUCUAUGAGAAUUGGUAAUAUAUCUAAAACAGAUGCCAAGUCUAAUAUUAGCGAUUUAAAUGAUCCAUAUGCGAAAGAACCUUCUCGACAUAGAGCUUUAAAGAUCAAUGGACAUAAGCCAUUUUGUGCAGAAACACCAUCUUCUUUAUUAAUUGAAAGCUUUAAUACACCGGCAGAUCUGUUUUAUGUUAGAAAUCAUCUACCUGUUCCUGAGAUAGAUUUAAAAACUUACACGGUAGAAAUAGCUAUAGAAGAAGAUACAAAAAAAACUAUAGAUUUUGAAGGAAUAAAGAAAUAUCCAAAAUAUACAGUGACAAGUGCUAUAAUGUGUGGUGGAAAUAGACGUUCAGAAAUGGCAGAGGUAAAACCAUUAAAAGGUCUCAGUUGGGGUGUAGGUGCUGUUGGUAAUGCCACUUGGUCUGGAGCACGUUUGUGUGAUAUAUUAAAAGAUUUAGGAAUAAAUGAAGAAGAUUAUGAUCACGUACAGUUUGAAGGUCAUGAUGUAGAUCCAUCGGGAAUGCCAUAUGGCGCAAGUAUUCCUAUUAGUAAAGCCAUGGAUCCUAGGGCAGAUGUAUUAUUGGCAUACGAAAUGAAUGGGCAGCCUAUACCAAAAGAUCAUGGAUUUCCAAUUAGAGUAAUUGUUCCAGGAGUUGUAGGUGCGAGAAAUGUUAAAUGGCUUGACAAAAUAAUUAUUUCUAAGAUAGAGAGUCAAUCACAAUGGCAACAAGGUGAUUAUAAAGCUUUUUCUCCUAAUACUGAUUGGGAUAAUGUAGAUUUUUCAAAAGCACCAGCUAUACAAGAGAUGCCUGUCAUUUCUGCUAUUUGUAAGCCAGAACAAUCAGAACAAGUCAAAAUAAAAGAUGGCAAAAUAGAUGUUAAAGGAUAUGCAUGGUCAGGUGGAGGUCGGAAGAUAAUCAGAGUUGAUGUAACAUGUGAUAAAGGUAAUACUUGGCAUACUGCUGAUCUCAUAAAACAGGAUCUUAAUGCUAAAGAAGGUCGACAUUGGAGUUGGACAUUAUGGAGUAUUAAUCUUCCUGUUGAUACAAAAUUAAAGGAAGUAGAGAUUUGGUCUAAAGCCGUUGAUUCGUCUUAUAACGUUCAACCGGAAACAGUAAAAAAUAUUUGGAAUUUACGUGGUUUCUUAUGUAAUGCAUACCACAGAGUAAAAGUACAAUUAAACUAAUACGUGACAUAGUAGUAUGAUUAUAAGAUAGAAAUUGUCUCUCUAAUUUUUAUGAAAUAAUUAAUACUUCUUUUGUAUUAUACAUGUAUUAUUAAUUAAUAAUUAUUAUAAAAAAUAAUUUCUAUCAAAAUGCUAUGGUCUAAUUUCUUUUGACAGAUUCUCUAAUGUCAUUGUUCAUAUUAUUAUCAGAUUCUCUAAUGUAAUUGUUCAUAAAAUAAUCACUUAUACCCUCUAAAGUUACAUCAUGAUAUUUGUUGUUAUAAACAUCAUAAAGUUCAAAUGUUGAUUUUGAUAUUACAGAUUUACCAAGGAUUAUAGCAUAAGGAUAUCCAAUGUUUCUUACAUACAGUAAACGUUUACCUAUUGUCAAAUCUGUUCUAUCAUCAAGUAUUGCGUCUAUACCUAAUUCACAUAAAAUAUUGUAUAUCUGUUCGAUAUAAGAUGAUGCAGCUUCUUCUUUGCUUCCUUCCUACAACAUGUAUAUAAUAUUAUAAUUUUAUGUCGAUUGAGAUAUCAAUUUUAGCAUUUCUUUUCUUUUUUUUUGAAUAAAUUACCUUCGGUGGUAUGAUACAAACUGUAAAAGGUGCCAAAUUUUUAGGCCACCUUAAUUCUUCAUUAACUGAAAGAAUUUCAACUGCUGCAGCCAUAAUACGACUUAAGCCAAUUCCAAAACAUCCCAUUACAAGAGGUUUUUCUAUAGUUUUAUCUAUAUAAAAUGCAUUUAAUGGUUUUGAAUACUUUGUAUCCAAGAGGAAAGUGUGUCCAAUCUGAAUAUUUAAGAUAAUGUAAUAAAACUUUGAUAUAACAAUAAAUAAUUAAAUUUUA